UUUGAAUGUUCUCCUUGUGGUAAUCAGUGAUACAAUGCAACCAUCCAUUCAUCCAAAACAGUUCAGAAGUGCUUAGUACUCUUUGGAGUUGCGACCGGCGGGGGACCGCCGAGACCGGCCACGGACAAGUUUGGGUGGAGUUCACAAUCGCCCUUAUCAUAGGUAUCUGACAUACGGUCUGUGUCUGGUUCAACGAUGUCGAGACAAGGUGGCAAGCUGAAGCCUCUCAAGGCACCAAAGAAGGAAUCCAAAGAAGAGGAUGAAGAUGACAAGGCCUUCAAGGAAAAAAAGAAGGCCGAAGAGGCUGCUGUGAAGGCUGCAAGGGACAAAGCUAUCAAGGGUGGUCCUCCUGGUGGCGGGAUCAAGAAAUCGGGAAAGAAAUAGAAGGAUGAUAUCUACUCUGCACCUGACCGACCAUUUACAAUCCGUCUCUUGUAUCAUCCAUGGUCAUCAACGAUCUUUCCAUUCAGUUGUAGCCUGCGGUGCAGUGCUGAAUCAGUACAUGACUUGUAAGGUCGACUAUACACUGCCCUGAGUAUCUUAACACAUAGUUCUUGCGCGCUACAAGAACCAGGCAAGAAGGGAAGCAGAAGUCUGUUCAGCAUCAGAUGUUAUCGCUCGGCCUUCCCUGCGGGCUGCAUGAGAUCGGAUGAGUAAAAGUGACGUAUCAUUGUCGGGCGCCAAGCGCUCAGUUCCCUCAUCCCGUUGACUUCCGCUCCGACGUAGGUCAUCGAGUUUUGUUGGAGGGCUAUCAGAAAUUCGAGUUUUUAUGUGCCAUACACGGGGCUGCGUAAAGCGCUCGAUGUUGAAGAGUAGCGUCAACGUACACAGGCCAUCAAAUUUCCUUGGAAAUGCUC